AUGCCGACGCCACUGGGUGUUCCCCUUCCCCCUGUUGCCCUCUGUCGCCUCUUGCUGCUGCUGCGGCCGGCCUUGUUGGUCUUGAGUCGGUUGGUGCGGCGUCUGCCCCUAGCGGGAGACGCCGCUCUGGCAAGGGCAAGGGGGGCAAGGGCGCGGGUGGAGGUGGCGGGGGUGGUGGAGGUGGCUGUGGAGGCGGCGGAGGGAGUGGGGGUGGCGGUGGGAGUGGGUGGCGGGGGUGGAGGUGUCGGUGGCAGCGGCGGAGGCGGCGUGGCGGUAGCAGUGGGAGCGGAGGCGGCGGUGGCGGCGGAGGUGGAAGGCGGCGGUGGUGGAGGAGGUGGAGCUGGUCGGGGUGGUGCUUCUCAGCGGAGCGGCUCCAGGAGUGGUCAGCGCCAAGCACCAGCAGCAGCAGCAGCGUUCUCGAGGGACAUCCCCUCCUCCUCAGCAGCUUCGUGA